AUGCUGCCUCACAGCACUGUGGGCAGCCCGGAGGACUUCAGGAGUCACGCAGAGGCCAGAGGAAACACAGAGGUCCAGGGAGGGAUCAAUACCACUAUCUUGUUCGAAGGCCCUUCUGGGGAACAGCAGCUGUCCCAUUUGGAGUUGGUCAAUGAAGGAAAAACCACCAUUUUCUACAGCUGGCAGCAGAUCCCACUGCCGCACCACUUUCCUCAUCUACUGCCACGCACAAAGAAAUUCAAUUUCUCCUUUAACUCCAGCUCUGUGUGUGACAUAGUAAAGGGGAUCCACACACCACACAGACCCAGCUCCCCUGCAGAGCUGUAUCAAACUGAAGAAGAAGAAUUUCUUUACAAAAACCCCAAGAUUUUUUAUAAAAACCAGCCAAUUGAGGACCUCAAAAGUUUGUGGUACAAAGUCCAACCAGAAAAUGAGUGGGAUUUGUCCAUCAGUACAUUGCGGCAGGCUCUGCGCUCUUUACCCGUUACUGAGGUGGAGGACGGUCUAAACCAAGAUACAGGGCUGGCCCAGCUCAACUCUGUGCUCUUACAGCUCUAUGAAGCUUCACCUCAGAUGCAACGUGCAAAAGCCGCAACUAUAGGGCAGCUGCUGUGGAGGGAGCUAUUAGACACAAUGACCAGUGAAGCUGUGAGGCUCUCGCACCUGCUCCAACUCCCAGAGAAAGAAACAUGGCUGGAUCAAGAAGAAAAUAAAAAAGAAGACAUUGUUUUGAACACAGAAUUGACUCCAAGUAUAAACGAGGAAAAGAUGGAUAAAAAAGCUGGACCUUUGUUAAGGGAGAAAAGGAGUUUGACCAAGUCUAAAAAAGACAUGAGACAUAAUGAGGACAGAAAGAAAGGAAAAGUGAGUGGCACUGACUUGGGGAAGGACAGACGGGGCAAGGAGGCUGAUGUGGAAGAUCAAGCCUCUGAAGAUCCAGCUUCUGACAUGAACCUCGCGGAUGUUUACACACGGCUCCUUCAGCAGAAGUUCACGCACCGCCCCUCUUUUACGCACCGCGCUGUGGCGGCUGUGUGCGGCUGUGCGCUCCUGCUCCUCGGCCUGAUAGGCCUAUGGAGAAAACACCGCAGCUGGGGUUACAACCUGCAUCGCACCGUCCCCGUCUGCUCCGCAGGGGACAGUGGCUCCUGCGGACCCCACCUCCCUCUGCCCUCUCCAAGAGCCACCUGA